AUGGAAAAAAUAGGAAUUAAUCGAGAAAGUUUAGAUAAGGAACAAACAGAAUUUGAAGAAAUCAUUCUCGAUGUUGUACAAAGUCAAACGACAACUCUCACUAAAUAUCCCAAUACGUUACUUGGAAGAAUCUUCUCAAAUCCUUCAAAUUGUAACAAAGAAUACCUUCAUAAUCGUAAUGGAAGAGCAUUUCAUUACAUCAUGGAAUUUUAUCGUACUGGUAAACUUUUAUGGCCAGAUGAAAUCCAAGAAAAAAUGCAAAAUACUCAAGAAAUCCCAGAAAGAAUGGAAGAUACUCAACAAAAUUUAGAAACUAAAUUUGAAGAAAUCAUUUUCGAUGUUGGUGGAGAAGAAAUCACUUUCGAUGUUGGUGGAAUUAAGUACAGAAUCAAACGAUCAACUCUUACUAAAUAUCCUAAUACGUUACUUGGAAGAAUCUUCCUAAAUCCUUUAAAUUGUAAUAAAGAAUACUUUUUCAAUCGAAAUGGAAGAGCAUUUUACUAUAUCAUGGAAUUCUAUCGUACUGGUAAACUUUUAUGGCCAGGUGGACAUGAUGGUGUGACUUAUGAAGAAGUUGAAAGAGAAUUUGUGUAUUUUAAUAUUCUCCCAGAAAGAAAUGACGAUGAAAUAUUUGAAAUUUUUGAUCAUGAUGAUCAUAUAUUUAAAUAUAUGGGAGGUAGAAAAUUUUUAAUUUUCGAAGAUGCUAGAUAUCUCCUCCCAUUUGAUGAUGACGAACACGCAAGACUUCAAUUACAACAUUUUUUAUAUCGACAUAUGUGGAAUAGUAAUUUUUCAUCACCUGUUCAUGAAUUAUUACAAAAUUCCCAUGCAACUGUUUUAGAUAUCGGAUCAAUGAAUUUAACUUUUACAUCACAAGAAUGGGAAAAUGUGGUUAUAAAAGAAUUAGUGAGAGUGGUAAAACCAGGUGGAUGGAUCGAAAUUAUGGAACGUGAUCCUUGGGUUACUGGGGCAGGUCCGGUUACUGAUAAAUUUAAUAAAAUAUGUGCUAACGAAUUAAAGACCCGAUACAAUGUAGACCCAUUUAUAUCACCACAUAUAUCAUCAUAUAUGUUAUCCACACAAAAAUUUAUGGAAAUUUUUCAUGAGGAAAAAAAGAUGAUAGUAGGUGAAACUCAUGAUAAUCUAAGUAAAGUAUGUUUGGACAAUUAUAAAUGGUUUAGAAAAAAUUGUAAAGGUUCAAUUGGAACUAAAAUUGAAAAUUUUGAUAAAAUGCUUAAUGAAAGUUUCAAUGAAAUUCAAGAUAAAAAGGCAUAUGAAAUGAGUCAUCGAUUUUUUGCAAUGAAAAAAAUAGAUGAAAAUUCAUUAAAUUAG